CCUGACGUCAGCCUCGCAGUUCCAUUUAAGGCCCCUCCCGCGUCCACUUCUGAGUGCUGGAGCGGUUGCCGCCGAGUCCGGAUCCUAAUCUGCUGCGUGUGCCCGACGCCCGCCCAUCGUGCAUUCCCGAGUCCUUUUGGUUCCAAGUCCAGGAUGGCAAGCCUCAAGGAUCAGCUGAUUGUGAAUCUUCUUAAGGAGGAGCAGGUCCCCCAGAAUAAGAUUACAGUUGUUGGGGUUGGUGCUGUUGGCAUGGCCUGUGCCAUCAGUAUCUUAAUGAAGGACUUGGCAGAUGAACUUGCUCUUGUUGAUGUCAUAGAAGACAAACUGAAGGGAGAGAUGAUGGAUCUCCAACAUGGCAGUCUUUUCCUUAGAACACCAAAGAUUGUCUCUGGCAAAGACUACAGUGUGACUGCAAACUCCAAGCUGGUUAUUAUCACAGCAGGGGCACGUCAGCAAGAGGGAGAAAGUCGUCUUAAUUUGGUCCAGCGUAAUGUGAACAUCUUUAAGUUCAUCAUUCCUAAUGUUGUGAAGUACAGCCCAAACUGCAAAUUGCUUAUUGUUUCCAAUCCAGUGGAUAUCUUGACCUAUGUGGCUUGGAAGAUAAGUGGCUUUCCCAAAAACCGUGUUAUUGGAAGUGGAUGUAAUCUGGAUUCAGCCCGGUUCCGUUACCUGAUGGGGGAAAGGCUGGGAGUUCACCCAUUAAGCUGUCAUGGAUGGGUCCUUGGGGAGCAUGGAGACUCUAGUGUGCCUGUAUGGAGUGGAGUGAAUGUUGCUGGUGUCUCCCUGAAGAAUCUGCACCCAGAUUUAGGCACUGAUGCAGAUAAGGAACAGUGGAAAGCGGUUCAUAAACAGGUGGUUGACAGUGCUUAUGAGGUGAUCAAACUGAAAGGCUAUACAUCCUGGGCCAUUGGACUGUCUGUGGCAGAUUUGGCAGAAAGUAUAAUGAAGAACCUUAGGAGGGUGCAUCCAAUUUCCACCAUGAUUAAGGGUCUCUAUGGAAUACAGGAAGAUGUCUUCCUUAGUGUUCCUUGUAUCUUGGGACAGAAUGGAAUCUCAGAUGUUGUGAAGGUGACUCUGACUCCUGAGGAAGAGGCUCGUUUGAAGAAGAGUGCAGAUACACUUUGGGGGAUCCAAAAAGAGCUGCAAUUUUAAAGUCUUCCAAUGUACCACUUCACUGUUUAGGCUAUGAUGGGAUUUUAGUUGGAGGUUAUGCAUGUUGUCCCUUACAUCUGAUCUGUGAUUAAAGCAGUAGUAUUAAGAUAACCUGGGAAAAGCAUCACUUUCCUAAAGUUAUAAAUACAAUUGGUUCAUAAAACCCUGUAUCCUGAUGCUGGAUGGUACUUACCUUGUGUAGUCGUAAACUGCUUAGUGAAAAAUAGUUCCACUUUCUCUGAGAUACCACUGCCAGUGCUGUACAGGCUCUAGUUGUCCUUCGAACCAGAUGUGUUACUGUGUGCUAUAGAACUUCAGCAAAUGCCUACUCCAACAUUUUCUCCAACCAUACAUCCUGGAAUCCAUUGUAUAAAUCCAUUAUUGCAUGUCUUGUGCAUAACUGUUCUAAAGGAUCUUAUUUUGUGUAUUAUAUGUAUCAGUGUAUAUUAUCGUAUAAUGUAAAAAGAAAAUCUACAUAUGAACAGUACAACCAUCUUAAAUGUCAUACGAACUAAAACACCAAAUAAACCUUGAACAGUGA